GAAAUAUGCUCAAUUGAGUAAAAAUUGAUGUACAAGACUGUAACGUAUAACAAACAAAUAUAAUAAAUCGCUAUAUUUGGUUUCUAGUAGCUAGUCGGCUAUUUGCAUGUUUCCCCAACAACACAGUCGUGCAUUUGUUUAGCUAGCAAGCCUAUGACGUUCACUCAUACGACGCUAAUGUUAAAAUGUCAGAGCUCCUUUCCUUCAGGCUCUUAAGUUAGAGUUAGCCAACAUGGCGACCAUGUAACAUUAAAGCAAACGGACUAUGUGGAGUGCCAACAAAAUGAGGGUCCCCCGAUGCUGCAUGGGGCUCCGGCGAGCCUGUUUGGUUUUGCCAAUCCUGCUGCUACUCCUGGUUGGUGCAGCAUUGACCGCUCUGCUGCCCCCUGCUGAGGACCAAGGAGGUGUUGGUGGCCUAGGAGUGCUACGCAAAGCAACAUUACACAAAAAGAACCCUACUAAGGACCACCCUAGUGACAGCAUAGGGGAGGAGGAGCAGAGGUUCACCAUCAUCAUCCAAACUUACAACCGCACAGACAUUUUGCUCAAACUCCUAAACCAUUACCAGGCAGUACCUCAUCUUCAGCAGAUUAUCAUAGUCUGGAACAACAUUGGGGAGCAGACACCUCUGAAGUUAUGGAACUCUUUGGGACCUCAUCCGGUCCCUCUGGUCUUCAAGGAGCAGACUAUCAAUAACAUGCGCAACAGACUACAACCAUUCCCUGAGAUUGAUACUGAUGCGGUGCUGAUGCUCGAUGACGACACCCUGGUCAGUGUUCCUGACAUCAGUUUUGCUUUCUCUGUCUGGAAGCAAUUUCCAGACCAGAUUGUUGGCUUCGUCCCACGCAAACAUGUCUCAACACCAGGAGGAGCGUACAGUUACGGCAGUUUUGAACUGCAGGACCCAGAAACAGCCGGAGGUGACAAGUACUCCAUGGUGUUAGUUGGUGCUGCCUUCUUCCACCGCCGCUACCUGCAGCUCUUCCAAGACCAACCUCAAGCAGUGCACGCGCUGGUGGAUGAAACACAGAAUUGUGACGACAUUGCCAUGAACUUUGCUGUAGCGCUGUAUUUGAGGGAACACUCCAUAGGCAAGGUUAACAAACCCUCCGGGGUCUUUGUCAAACCUGUAGACCUCCGCAACCUGGAAAAGGAUGCCAGGAGCGGGUACCAGGGCAUGUGGCACCGUCCUGAACACCUUCUUCAGAGAUCCUACUGUAUGAACAGGCUGACACAGAUCUACGGCUUCAUGCCGCUCUGCUUCUCCAACCUGAUGGUGUCCCAGUUUGGCUUCCCCACCUACGCCAACCACAAGAGUAGAGGCUGAGCUGCCACACAGCUGAUUAGUUUGGAUUGAAAGACAGGCUCAAGUAAAUUACAUCUGUCUACGCUCAGGAUUAGGUUGACAUUGUUUAGACACUGUUGACCCCUGCAUGUGUAGGAACCCUAAUUUCAAAUUUCACAGACAAAAUAUUUUUACAGUAUUGCAACAAAAGUGUUUCAGCCGUGGGCGAAAUACAAAAUAAACAGUUUUUUAAUAAGAGUGUUUAACUCAGUGUUGUGCUCUUUGUAUCUUGUGAUACUGAGCUGUUUCAUCAUUGAAUCUGCAGGACUAUCAUGGAUUUAGGACAAUCACACACAUGGCCCAGUCUGAGGAAAAAAAUCUAUAUUUGAUAAGGUAAUCUCUGUAUCGUUACCAAAGCUGCCUUUCUUUCAGUGUGAACAACCCUCUCAGUGGACUGUAGUGGUUGUUCCUCAACCAGCAGGUGUUAGUCUUAGAUCUUCUUUGACAAGUUGCCUCGUUUGUAACCAUGAUUUACAACUCUGUGGUGCUGUCCCGUUAACAUUUGUUUUUACUACAUUUAGUUAGUUUAUGGAUUGUCACUCUUCUGGUGAGCUUGUAUACAUUUGUACGUACUGUUAUUAAGUAUUUACUGGUCAAAAGAGUGUCUGUACCAAAAGUGUGAAUUUAUGAAUAAAAUACAGGUAUUUUGUACAUUCUA